UCGGAGAUCGCCUCAGUCACUUCUCGGCGCUUCUUGGGUGCACUACGCAAUGGGCUGGGCCGUGGGCGUGAUCGUGGGCUGCGCUUUCCUAGGGCUGGCUGGCGGGACGCCCAACCAGGACGAAUCUCCCUCGCUGCAGCGGCUCCGCAGUCCUUCGUCUGGACCGGAAGACCCAAUUCCUUCUCCGAUCGAUGGAAAAGUCAACUUGGCGUGUGUGGAGUGCGAGCUGGCCGUGGGCGUCCUCCAGGGCGAGCUGAACGCGGGCGUGAGCUACGAGGCGAUGGUGCAGGAGGCCAUCCUCGUGUGCUCUGCGCAGUCCAGCCUAACGGAGACCUACUGCCAGGGCUAUAUUCCCCUCGUGGCUCCCAUCGUGUACCACGUCUUCACACACAAAAACGUCACAGCCAAAGACUUCUGUGGGAUGCUCAUGGCCUCCAAGGGCUGCACCACCGACAACCCAGAGAGGGAGUGGUCUGUGGACAUCCACGGCGAGAAGCCUCCAGUGGAGCCCAUUGUGGUUCCUGAGCCCGACGCCCCCAAGCUGAAGGUGUUGCAUCUGUCCGACACACAUUUGGACCCACUCUACAGCCCGGGCUCGAACGCCGCCUGCCCGGAGCAGCUGUGCUGCCGCGAGGAGUCGGGCACCGCCGCGACCGAGGAGGACGAGGCGUGGUACUGGGGCGACUACCGGCACUGCGGGUCGCCGCCCUGGAUGCUGGAGGACAUGCUGGCUCACGCCCGCAACACGCACACCGACCUGGACUACGUGGUGUGGACGGGCGACGUGGUGCCUCACAACAUGUGGUCGACGUCACGCGAGUGGAACCUGCGGCUGGUGCGGGAGACCAACGCCCUCGUCAGGAAGUGGUUCCCAGACAUCCCUGUCUUCCCAGUUAUCGGCAACCACGAGAUGAGUCCGCUCGACCAAUACUCCGACCCUGGCGACGCCCCAGAGGAGCUAUCGGCGGACUGGCUGUACAAGGAGCUGGCCGCUCAAUGGGCGGACCUGAUUCCUUCAUUUAAUGAGUCGACGGUGCUCCACGCAGGAUAUUACUCCGUCCUUAUCAAGCCCGGGUUCAGGGUCAUUUCUGUCAACUCCAUGUUUGGAUAUGGAUCAAAUAUCUGGCUGGUGCAAACAUCAAAUGACCCAGCGGGAGAGCUCGCCUGGUUAGAGGAACAGCUAAGCAAGGCCGAGGCGGCAGGAGAAUUGGUCCACCUCCUCGGCCACAUCCCGCCCGGCCUCAUAGACAUACACAGGACCUGGUCUAGGGAGUACAAUAGAAUCGUCGUUAGGUACGAGAAUGUGAUUCGCGGCCAGUUCUUCGGGCACACGCACUUCGACGAGUUCGAGGUCUUCCAUGACGGCGAGCGCCCCGUCGGCGUGGCCUACGUGGCGCCGAGCCAGACGCCGUGGUAUGACCUCAACCCCGCCUACAGAGUCUACCACGUGGACGGGGACAGGCCGGGCACCACCAGGCUCGUUCUGGACCACGAGACGUACGUCCUGAACCUGACGGAGGCGCAGACGAGCGGCGAGGCUCACUGGGAGCGCCUCUACUCGGCCAGGGACGCGUACGGAAUGGCCGCCCUCACGCCCGCCGACUGGCAGGACCUGGCGGAGCGCAUGGCGGCCGACAGGAGCCUCUUCGACGUCUACUACAAGCACUACGUCAGCGCCGGGGACCCGUACAUGGCCCUGGGCUGCGACGACCAGUGCUACCAGCAGCGCCUCUGUGACAUGGUCACCUCGGACAGGAACAACCUGGACAACUGCUACGCGGUCCUGCGGAGGAGCUGGAGGGCGAGGAACAGGCUGCCCUAAGAGUGUGUCUGCUGCCGAGAAAUAAAGCAAAAGCAUGAAAU